UAUUAGAAAUAGCCUUCGAUAUGUAGCCUAGUCUACGUUUGCGUUAAUCAUACGAUACAUGCAUUUGCUGUUAAGUCGUCUAGUUUGUGUAUGUUUGUCAGUGACCGCAGUCCGCAGUGUUGCAGCCUCUAGUAAUUUCACCAGCGAGUCCGCAGUAAAAAAAAAGUAUGUAAAUUGAGAUAGAUGUGUAACCAACAGUAGAUGUGUACAGAACGCGCGAUUUCAAUGUCUCGUAGAACGACGCUGCGAUAGUAUGUCCCCUUGACCCGAAGCUGCUAGACGUUACAAUGUAACCACAUGGUGAUGACGACGAUAUUCUGUCUGGACCUCGAUAUUGUGCUCGCGUUACAUUGUAAUAACGUUGCGUGAAAGAUUUUACAUAAUAUGUUAGAAUGAGAAAAAAGCAGAAUGUGAAACAGAGAAAGGCAGAAACAAUAACCGCAACAAUAAUAACACCGACACCAUUAACAACAACAACAGUAUCAACAACAACAGCAGCAGCAGCAGCAGUCGUCCAGGAGUUUGUGGUUGAGAAGAUCAUCCAUCGAAGGGUCUCCAAUGGAAGAGUAGAGUACUAUCUGAAGUGGAAAGGAUUCACUGAUGCUGACAACACCUGGGAACCCGAGGACAACUUGGUCUGUCCUGAACUCAUAGAAGAGUUCCUGAGAAACCUCUGUUUGUCUGGAGAGAAUCAGGUGGAGGAGGAGAACCUACGGCCGGUGGAACCAGAGCUAGUCCCCAAAGAGGAACUGGCAGGACAGGAGACGGAGAUUCAGGUGUACAGCGAGCAGAGACAUAAUGACCUCCAGGAACCAGCUGACCAGGAUUCUCCUACUGCCCUCACCUGCCCCCUGGAACCUGAACGCAUCAUCGGCUCCACAGACAGACACGGAGAACUCAUGUUCCUCAUCAAAUGGAAGAACCGUGACGAGGUGGCCCUGCUGUCAGCCAGGGAGGCCAGCGCCAGGUAUCCUGAGAUGGUUGUAGGCUUCUACGAGGACAAACUCACCUGGCACUCUGGGGACGAGGACCAGUAAAGGGUGUGUGUGUGUGUGUGUGUGUGUGUGUGUGUGUGUCGUAGAGUGUGUGCAUGUGAGUACACAAGUAUGAAUAUGAACUGACAAGCAUCUGUAGGCAUCUCAUAGGUUAAUUUCUCCUCCAGCAAACCAAGGUCCUCCUUGAGCUGACAUUAAAGGCACAGUGUGUGAAACAAUGUCCUGCUGCAGGUAGAUUGAGUCAUCGUGGCAGGUGUAAAAUCCCUCUACGGGGUUGGCUGGGCCUCUUCCUGCUUCCUGUGGUGCUGGGUGAGGUCACAAUGCCUUUGGGGGUUCAGAACCAUUCAUAGAGACGUCUAUCUCUCUCUGUGGCUCUGAUUGAGUUGAAACUAAGGAAAUGAAGGCAGACAGUUCACACUGAUGAAUGCUCCUCCCAGUCUAUUGUACAACAUCUCAACCCGAAGCUCUUUGUCAAAGCCUGACGAAGUGUGCGAGUAUCUCUCUGGAUUACAUGUCUUUGUUUUUUUUUAAAGUGACUGGAUGUGCUUCCACUACGUUUGAAGAGUUGAAACUAACCCUUAGCAUUCCUCUCCCAGUGUCUUCAUGUACUGUAGCAGACUUAAUCACUGUGGACACUGUGUUCUGUGUGACUACUGAUACUGUGGUCAUAGAACCCCAUGUGAUUGUAUUGGACUUUAGUAGUAGAUGUAGGUUCUUGUAUCUUCUGCCUCUGGGGCACCUUGGUCACAAGGCUCUCCCUCCGGCUCUUCCACUGUGAGAUGUCUGGUGUUUUAUUAAGUAGGAUACUUAUCUUGUAUAGUAGUGGGUUCACUGUGAGAUGUCUGUUGUUUUAUUAAGUAGGAUACUUCUCUUGUAUAGUAAUGGGUUCACUGUGAGAUGUCUGUUGUUUUAUUAAGUAGGAUACUUAUCUUGUAUAGUAGUGGGUUCACUGUGAGAUGUCUGGUGUUUUAUUAAGUAGGAUACUUAUCUUGUAUAGUAAUGGGUUCACUGUGAGAUGUCUGUUGUUUUAUUAAGUAGGAUACUUCUCUUGUAUAGUAAUGGGUUCACUGUGAGAUGUCUGUUGUUUUAUUAAGUAUAGUAGUAUUGUAUAGUAUUGGGUUCACUGUGCAUUACACUCAAUAGAUAACUACUGGUCACCUAAUAUGAUAUCUGCACCAUUUACUUUUUGCCACCAUCCUUGAUAUUGUACUUUUUCUGUGUGUGUGCGAUUCAAAGUUGAUAAAUGUGUUACAUUUAGUUUACUGACAAAUGUAGAAAAGUGUUGAAUGAUAGUAGAUGGUAUGCUGUUUGAUGUAGAACAUGAUAGUAGACGGUAUGCUGUUUAAUGUAGAACAUGAUAGUAUACUGUUUAAUGUAGAACAUGAUAGUAGACGGUAUGCUGUUUAAUGUAGAACAUGAUAGUAGACGGUAUGCUGUUUAAUGUAGAACAUGAUAGUAGACGGUAUACUGUUUAAUGUAGAACAUGAUAGUAGACGGUAUGCUGUUUAAUGUAGAACAUGAUAGUAGACGGUAUGCUGUUUAAUGUAGAACAUGAUAGUAGACGGUAUACUGUUUAAUGUAGAACAUGAUAGUAGACGGUAUACUGUUUAAUGUAGAACAUGAUAGUAGACGGUAUACUGUUUAAUGUAGAACAUGAUAGUAGACGGUAUGCUGUUUAAUGUAGAACAUGAUAGUAGACGGUAUACUGUUUGAUGUAGAACAUGAUAGUAGACGGUAUGCUGUUUAAUGUAGAACAUGAUAGUAGACGGUAUACUGUUUGAUGUAGAACAUGAUAGUAGACGGUAUACUGUUUAAUGUAGAACAUGAUAGUAGACGGUAUGCUGUUUAAUGUAGAACAUGAUAGUAGACGGUAUGCUGUUUAAUGUAGAACAUGAUAGUAGACGGUAUACUGUUUAAUGUAGAACAUGAUAGUAGACGGUAUACUGUUUAAUGUAGAACGUGAUAGUAGACGGUAUACUGUUUAAUGUAGAACGUGAUAGUAGACGGUAUGCUGUUUGAUGUAGAACAUGAUAGUAGACGGUAUACUGUUUAAUGUAGAACAUGAUAGUAGACGGUAUACUGUUUAGUGUAGAACAUGAUAGUAAACGGUAUGCUGUUUAAUGUAGAACAUGAUAGUAGACGGUAUGCUGUUUAAUGUAGAACAUGAUAGUAGACGGUAUACUGUUUAAUGUAGAACAUGAGAGUAGACGGUAUACUGUAUAAUGUAGAACGUGAUAGUAGACGGUAUACUGUUUAAUGUAGAACAUGAUAGUAGACGGUAUACUGUUUAAUGUAGAACGUGAUAGUAGACGGUAUACUGUUUAAUGUAGAACGUGAUAGUAGACGGUAUGCUGUUUGAUGUAGAACAUGAUAGUAGACGGUAUACUGUUUAAUGUAGAACAUGAUAGUAGACGGUAUACUGUUUAGUGUAGAACAUGAUAGUAAACGGUAUGCUGUUUAAUGUAGAACAUGAUAGUAGACGGUAUGCUGUUUAAUGUAGAACGUGAUAGUAGACGGUAUACUGUUUAAUGUAGAACAUGAUAGUAGACGGUAUACUGUUUAAUGUAGAACAUGAUAGUAGACGGUAUACUGUUUAAUGUAGAACGUGAUAGUAGACGGUAUACUGUUUAAUGUAGAACGUGAUAGUAGACGGUAUGCUGUUUAAUGUAGAACAUGAUAGUAGACGGUAUGCUGUUUGAUGUAGAACAUGAUAGUAGACGGUAUGCUGUUUAAUGUAGAACAUGAUAGUAGACGGUAUGCUGUUUGAUGUAGAACAUGAUAGUAGACGGUAUACUGUAUAAUGUAGAACAUGAUAGUAGACGGUAUGCUGUUUGAUGUAGAACAUGAUAGUAGACGGUAUGCUGUUUGAUGUAGAACAUGAUAGUAGACGGUAUACUGUUUGAUGUAGAACACAACCAAGGGUUCUGUUAGUGACCAUGGGGAUUUGAUGAGUUACUCUGAUCAAAAUGUGACGUCACAUAUGAAAAAAGUAUAACUGAUAUGAUUAUGUUAAUUUUACCCAGUCACUGAUUGUUCUCGGCUACUCUUAACCAAAUAUUUAUCCACCAACCUGUAUUUGUUACUGAUAAAUCAUUGUUUUGUUAAGGGGCCCAGAGUUAUAUAUGUUCAGGACUAACUCUAGUCCCUACACAAAAUGACUGACACUGUAUUCAUUGUGCACCUCUCCCAUGACUGGAAUGUUAUGGGACAAUGGAAUGUUAUGAGGCAAUGUCUGCAUCCCAAACAGACCCCUACUUCCUUUGUAGUGCACUAUAUAGGGAAUGGUUUGCCAUUUGAUACUCUGCCAUUCUGUUGAACCUUUUGUUCUGGGCUGCCUCUGACUGACUAAGUUACUGUACCUGUUGACCUUUGACCUGUGAAGUGUCUGUCUGUGAAUAAAGGUAGCUGUCACCCUG